CUCUAAAGCCGAGCGAGGCAGAAAAGAGGAAAAAAAAAGCAGAGGAAAAAGACAGACGAGGGAGGAGAGGAGUGGAGGCAGGAGAGAGAGAGAGAGAGAAUUCGUGCCCGGAGAAAGCAAAGAAUGACAACUCGGGCCAACGGCGACCACCGCGCACGCCACGCGCCGCCCUCCCAAGAACGCCACCAGUACUACUACGCCUCCUCCUCCUCCUCCUCCUCGGCUUCGCUCAAGGGCUGCUGCUGCUGCCUCUUCCUGCUCUUCUCCUUCCUCGCCCUCCUCGUCCUCGCCGUCGUCCUCGUCAUCGUCCUCGCCGUCAAGCCCAAGAAGCCCCAGUUCGACCUCCAGCAGGUCGGCGUCCAGUACAUGGGCAUCUCCGCCUCCGACCCCGCCACGGCCGCCGCGGCAGCUGCCGCCUCGGCCGGCGCCGGCUCCAGCCCGACGAGCGCGUCGCUGUCCCUGACCAUCAGGAUGCUCUUCCUGGCGGUGAAUCCGAACAAGGUCGGGAUCAGGUACGGCGAGUCGAGGUUCACGGUGAUGUACAAGGGGAUUCCGCUGGGGAAGGCCUCCGUGCCGGGGUUCUUCCAGGAGGCGCACAGCGAGCGGCAGGUGGUGGCCACCAUCGCCGUCGAUCGCUUCAAUCUGUUGCAGGCGGACGCGGCGGACUUGAUAAGGGACGCUUCGCUGAACGACCGGGUGGAGCUCCGGGUGCUUGGGGAUGUCGGGGCCAAGAUCCGGGUCCUGAACAUCGACUCUCCUGGCGUUCAGUGGGCAGGUAUCAGUGAAUUGUGCAGUAGUGAUCAGUCCAAGCAAGCAGUCCCUCACGUACAAGCAGUGUGGAUUCGAUGGAUUGCGCGUGUAAAGAUUCGAGAUCAACAACACUCCCAGUCCCAUCCUCCUCCCCCUUUUCUCUUCUUUUUAUUUUAUUUUAUUAACUUUUGCCUCUCCUCAAAUCAAUUGGAGAUGGAGAGACAGAUAAAGGUAUAAGGGGGGAGGGGAAAAAGUCGAAAGGAAAAGGAGGUGGGAACACAGCAGGAAGCUGCCCAAUCCGCCCAAUCCCACAUGGCGGAGUAUGUCAAAAGCAAAGGGGUUGAGGAUGCUGGGAGAAAAUUCCGGAGCUGUAAUUGAAGACUAUACAAUUCUUUCCCUAAAAGUUUUUUUUUUUCAAUUUAUUAACUCUUUCUUUCUUUCUUUCUUUGCAAUUCUUUUAGUUUUCCUUUCUUUUUUGUUUUUUGGUUUCACAACACCGGUUCCUUCGCUUGGACGGAACAUACAUAUGACCGCACUGUAAAGUGGAGGCUGAGCUGAAGAUUUGCUACUCCAAUUUCAGAUGCUUCUUUGACUC